GUACAACUUGAGAGUUCGAGUCACAUGAACCUCAACGAACCUUCGAAGGAAACAACCCUUCCUUCGAACAACAAAAGAAAUAUUUUCUCUUGUCAAGUGUCUAAGAACACUAAAAACACUCAAGACCAAUACUCUCUUUUAGAGUGGAUAAUGAGUAACUAAGAACGCUCAAAAAAGAAACACAAGCUUCACAAAAAUGCCUCUCAAAAAGCUAUGAAUAAAGGAUGGAUGAUUUGCAAUGAAAGAGUAGGAGUUGUGAACCACGUCGAGCCGUUCAAGGUAGCCCACAAUCCCGUCAACUUUGAAGUGGAGCCAGUUGAGGGAGUCGGCAAUGGAGGCGAGGUUGGCCCGGGCCCGGGGUUCGGCUGGGCCAGCAGUAGGGGCAGUGCGGCGUGGCGCGGCAGUGGCAGUCGCAGCGUUGACCGACCGCUUGGUAAAGGUUUGGUUGCUGAUUGUCCAAAGCUUCGUGGCCUUCGUGAGUGGGCCAGCGGUGGUGGUUACCUUGAACCGUUCAAGGAUGUCCAUCACCACGAACGGGUACGGGAGGAGGUGAUCGUGGUCGGUGGACGCGGCUAUCGUCAUGUUGAUCAUGACAAACUUCGCCCAAUUGAUUGGGGCCGAGUGCAUGAUCGUAUGAAUGAGCUUGAGGUCCUCACCGGACAUGAUUGUGUGGCCAUGCUUCCGGGGUUUGAUGAUCCGGGACACGAUGUAGAGGACGAGACAGCCUUCGGGGUUUGCGGAGUGGAUGGUGGGGCGGCCCGAGGCAUGGCGGAUGAGCUCGGUGAUGCCAAGCUCGUUGAGGAUAAGGCCCUCGUUGUUGAGCACCCAGUCCUCUCCGCCAUAGUGGGAGACAUCGUCGCCUUAGAAUGGAAGGCCAGCGAUGCGCCCAAGCUGCUCCACGGUGAGCUCAAUCGGCGUGCUCUUGAAAAGCGAGUAGAGCACGUCGUUCUCAGGCCAGAGGUUGGAGUAGAAGGCCUGGAUCAGCGCCAGGUUGAUCUCUUUUCGAGCCCGGGAGACAAACGGCCAAAGGCCGGCUUGAUGAAGCUGCGCGUCAAGGUCGUCGUAGCCCUGCAGCUCCAGGUAGCGCUCCGGUAUGAUUCGUGGGGGAGCCACAACCCGUUUAGAGAAGAAAGUGAGGAAACGGGUGCGCUCCUCCUCGGAAUCAAACCAGAGCGCUGUUCUGCGUCAAGUUUUAAAAAAAGGAGUCAAAUGGACAGCGAUGUUGGGUACCCUACAGCGAUGUUCCAUAAGUUUCUGGAAUUGUCGCUGUUGGAAAACUUUCUGGUUUUGUUUGAAAACAAGGUGUUUAAGAAAACAGCUAUGUUGAAAAGGGACAGUGAUGUUCAAAAAGUUUCUGGAAAGCAAAGGUUCAAUUUGAGAAACAAAAGCCAUCUGACCUACGGUGUCCCUAAGAGAGUUACGAGUACUUACCCCGCGGUUGAUGCUGCCGAUUACCUGGUCAAGUGGGUGGUUCUUGUGCGUUCUCCAAGUGAUGGGAAGCUCGGUUUCCUCUUGUUCCUGGGCUUCCUCUUGUUCUUCUUCGUCUGCUUGGUCCUCAUUUUCGACCAUCACUUGAGCUGGGAACCUGCCCCCCUGCAGUUUCCUUCAAGCAUUGGUUCCACGGCAAUGGUCCAAAGCCUGCAGUUCCCGCCCCAAGAACAGGCCAACACAAACUCAACAACAAAUCCAUCUGAAUCCACAACAUAUUUCCAGAGGGUUGUCCAUUCGAGUCCAAAGCCAAGUUCAAAGAGCUCCAUGAUCGAGCUAGAAGACAUCUCACAUGCUGAUGGUUACUGCAAAGGACUCUCACAUGCUAAGAUUAUUGCGAAGGACUCUACUAGGGUUUCUGGUUGCUGUCCACGUAUAUAUACAUAUACCACUGCACUGCUUAUGAGGAGCGCCUCGAAGAUGAUCAUGGGAGAUAUGGAGGAAGGAGCAAAUGUUCAACGACCACCUCUGUUGAGAGGACCAAACUAUAACUUUUGGAAAGGACGUAUGAGAGCGUUCUUGAAAUCACAAGGUGGCAGAGUAUGGAGAAUCAUAGAAACUGGGUGGACAGAGCCAACAGAAACAAAUGCAGAAGGUGUGCAAGUGAUCAAAACUUUCGAAAUAUACUCAAAGGAAGAAGCCCAAGCUGCUAAAUGCAACGACAGAGCACUAAAUGCAUUAUUUGGAGCUAUUGAUAGUUCGCAAUAUAGGCUCAUCUCGAACUGCACUGAGGCCAAGAAAGCCUGGGAAAUUCUUGAAACCACACAUAAAGGGGACGAGAGAGUCAAGACAGCAAAAAUCCAGAUUCUUAUCACUAAAUAUGAAAGCCUGCGCAUGGAUGAUAAGGAAAGGAUAGCUGAUUUUCAUGGAAGAUUAAGGGAGCUGGCAAAUGAAGCUGAAAAUCUGAAGCGUCCAUUCACUGAAGACUGUUUAGUUUUGAAGGUGCUUAGAGCUCUACGAGAAUCCUAUGCUAUGGAUGCCAAAGCAAUUCGUCAGGCACAUGACAUCAAGAAUAUGACUCGGGAUCAACUCAUGGGGAAUCUAGAGACUAUUGAGUUGUAGAUGAAUGAAGAGCUCAAACGGAA